AUGGAGUAUUUCCUCACACUCGAUGAGGUAGAGACUAACGUCUAUCAAGAGGUAGUGGGUGAUGUGCGUAAGGCGUUGGCUAAAAUCUCCACAGACACCAACGGAUCUGUUAGCACAGGAGAGCAUCUGUCAUCACUACUGCUGAGGCUGAGACAGGCGUGCGUGCAUCCGCAAAUGGGCGUACAUGGGAGGGGGAG